UCGGCGCCGUCCCCCUCCGGUAACGCUAUCUACAUGGCUGCAAAAGGCCGUGUACGGCUUCCGGGAAGUGCUUCCGGGACGUCACUUCCCCGUCCCGGGCGGGAAGAGCCGCCGGAGGGCGGUGGGAGGGAGGGAACGCUACGGCCCCGCCGCCCCCUUCCCCUCAGGAGGGAAGAUGUCCGCGCUGCCUCCCGCUGCGCCUUGAUGGUUCUGACAGAAAAGGCCUUGAGCCGGAGAGACGGGUCAAAAAGGAGGCAGUUGGGCACCGUUCCCCUCAAGGUCUCCGGUUUCGGUGGGGAAGGCAGCGCUCCGGCGGUGGUCGGGAUGCUCGGUCAGCUCCGAGGCGCGGAAAUACCGGGUUUGCCUUCCUGGGAGCUGGUCCUGAACGAGAGGAGGGCAGAUCUUACCAUUGGGUGACUGAAAAUACAGCUGAAAUGCAAGAAAGUACUAAGCUAUUUCAGUCUUUCAGCGUCUUCUUUGUACGGGAGAUGGUUUUUGUGAUUGUAUUUGCGGUCUGUGUUUAUAAACAUCUCUUCACUCAUCAUUAAGUGAAGCAGCGUUAAUACUUACAGUUUACUUGGGAUGCUGAAUUUUGAACGUUUGUUGGCGUUGGAAGCAAUGUUUGGGUGACAUGUGUUGCACAAUAGUGGAUUAAGAGAUACACGCCCCAAGCCACUACUUUUUCACUAUCAGAUUAGCCUUAGUUUCUCUAACACUUGGAACAUUUUUGAGCUUUUACUCUUAUGUGCAAGGUGUAAAGCUGGCUUGAUAUGUAGAGUUGUGUCCUGGUUUCAGCUGGGAUAAUAUUGAUUUUCUUUCUAGUGACUGCUGUGUUUCAGAUGUGGUAUGAAAGGAAUGUCAAUAAUGCAUGUUGGUUUAGUUCUUGCCAGGUGAUGUUUAUAUUUUUCAAGGACUUUUUUCAGCUUCCUGUAGAAGCCGAGAAGGAGCCUAGACAGAAGGAUGGAAUGGCCAGUGGUAUAUUCCAUACCAUAGAUGUCAUGCUCAGUAUAAAAACGGGGUUAGCUGGGGGGGUACUUGCCAUUGCUGCUCAGGACAGUGCCAAUUCACCAAUUUACCGGGUGGUGAGAGUGACUUGUCUUGUAUAUUCUUUUACCAUUAUUAUUAUUUUCCUCUUCUGAUAUUGUUCUAUUAAACUGUCUUUAUCAACUCGUUUCCCCUCCUUCUCUCCCUCUUCGCCCCACCCUUCUGGGGGGAAGGGGGAGAACUGCGCAAGUGGCUGCCUGGUCCUGCCUGCCAGCUGGGGUUAAAUCACAAGUUCUUUGUGGAUAUUGUCAAAAGAAAGUAUCUGUACUUUACAGGUACUGUCUUUACGGGUUACAUAUACGGGUAACUAACAAGUGGUCAGAAAAACCGUAGCAAUCGCUUUUUGUCUUCACUGUUAGAGGAAUGGGCCCAGAUUGCCCAGAGCAGCUGUGGCUGUCCCAUCCCUGGAGGUGUUCAAGGCCAGGCUGGACGGGGCUUUGGGCAACCUGGUCUAGUGGGAGGUGUCCCUGCCCAGGGCAGGUGAGCUGGAACUAUAUGAUCUUUAAGGUCCCUUCCAACCCAAACCACUCUGUGAUUUUAUGAUGGUCAUUCCAAAAUCCAGAGCACUUCUAGUCUCAGACAAACGAAUGCAAUAAGAAACUGUUGGUGUCAUACAUGUAGUGGUGAUUGCCAGAAUCUGCUUAGCUGUUUAAGAAAUAAUUAGAGCUUCUGACCAAAAGGUUAUCAGUUUUGAGGUGAGCUGCAUCACAGAAGAAUUUUAAUAUCAAACUUGUUGGAAUACCUGAUAGAUGCUUGCCAGUGAAUAUAUUUCAAUCAUAAAAAAUAUUUAUUAUGCGUUGUCGAAGAAUCAUGAAGGACUCUGUGCAUAACCAGGGUUGCAAGAGAUAGUUAAAAGCCCCAGAAUCUGUAGUGCUGGAAAUGCUAUACUUUAUUUGCAAGAUAAAUCAUGUCUUCUUAUACUAUAUGUAAUUUUUAAAAGACACUAUAUUUCCUCUUUCACAUGACUUCAUUGUCUCUUGUUGCUGUGUGUGUUAUCUUUAAAUAAUUUUAUUCUUUCUAAUGAAAGACUCUGUAUUGAACUCUGGCUGUAUUGUUGGCUUUUUUAUUUUUGACAAUUUCUUAAAAAACAGGGUUAAAAUGGCAGUUUCUCAUGAAGUGAAAGUUUAAGUUAAUACUGUUAUUUGACAUGUGUCAGUGUCAAGUUGACGUGAUUUUUGACAUGUCAGUGAUAACCUCAUCGACACAACUGAAUAUCUGAGUUGGUUUUGUCUCUUGCCUUUUUGUUUAUUUUAUCAGAUAUGCCUGUGGAAGAACUCUUAAUUUUCUCACUUUAUGCUUACUUUUAAAGCAGACGACUAGGUGGUGUUAGCGUUGGGUGAAGACAGCUCUGCUGGCUGCACUUAUCUAAUCUGUAACUCUGUUGCAGAAAUCCUUAGUGAAGGCUAGGUGAAGGGAAUGUGUCAGGUCCUUGUUACAGCCAUUGCUCAGUGCUUGCAACUGGAUUUUCACCAGCUGCUCCACCCCUCACAUCUCUGCCUUUUUGGAGGAAGGUGGAUCUGACGCAGACCUCCCCUUCACCGGAGAAGGAAAACUGAUUUUGCUGACAUUUAAAAUGUGUUAGAAAAUUGUACUGCUGUAAAACUUUACGUGAGUUAAUAGUUGCAGAAGAUACAAGGAAGAGCAUACAAUGCACUGUGUGCUGUUUGUUCUUGUGAGCUGGAAGAUUGUAUGUUUGUGUGUAAUCCAAGAGAAACAGACUACCAGCCACUGCCACGUUUUCAUCUAUUGAUAAACAUCAGCUGCUGGUUGGUUUUAAGGGAGGAAGACAAUUAGUUCCAGAUGGAGAACUCUUUCAGCCCAUUUAAGACUUUCCAGUUCAUUUAAGACAGCAGGCAGAAACAAUGGAGUAGACGACAGGAAGAAGCACGUGAAGUUUAUUUUUAUGGAAGAUGUUAUUUGGAGGACCAAGUACACUUUUUCAGGCCAUGGGAGAUGAAAGACUAAUCACAUGAUGUUUCUGUUCUGUCAAAGUGCUGUUCUGUGCUAAGUCAAUGUUGGUUUGUAUUAAGGACAAAUAUUAAUUUCUUAACGUCAGCAUGUCGACUGUGACAAGUGCUCAGACACCAGAGGAACCUAAUCCUCCUCCCCUUGAAGAAAAGCCAAAGGGAAAAUCACUAUUUCGUUUGGAUUCGCUUUUUGCUAACAGGAGUGAAAAAUUUGUAAUUGCUAGGAGUGAUAGUGUACCAGAGGAGAAUGUUCUGAAAAUAACUAUCACGGAGACUACGGUGAUUGAGUCGGACUUGGGCAUCUGGAAUUCUCAUGCUCUCAUCUACCUCACUUUGUGGUUUUUCUUCAGCUUUUGCACUCUUUUUCUUAACAAAUAUAUUCUUUCAUUACUGGAAGGAGAGCCCAGCAUGCUAGGUGCUGUUCAAAUGCUUUCAACCACCUUCAUUGGCUGUAUAAAAAUGUUUGUUCCAUGCUGCUUGUAUCAACACAAAACACGCAUCUCUUAUCCACCCAAUUUCAUCAUGAUAAUGCUGUUUGUUGGAUUAAUGAGAUUUGCAACAGUAGUCUUGGGUCUAGUCAGCUUGAAAAAUGUGGCAGUUUCAUUUGCAGAAACUGUUAAAAGCUCUGCACCUAUUUUUACUGUUAUCAUGUCUCGGAUGAUAUUAGGAGAAUACACUGGAUUGGUGGUUAAUCUCUCUCUCAUUCCUGUUAUGGGUGGGCUAGCUCUGUGUACAGCUACUGAAAUCAGUUUCAACAUUCUAGGUUUCUCAGCAGCUUUAUCUACUAAUAUCAUGGACUGUUUGCAAAAUGUCUUUUCCAAAAAACUACUCAGUGGAGAUAAAUACAGAUUUUCAGCCCCAGAGCUUCAGUUCUACACGAGUGCUGCUGCAGUGGUUAUGCUUAUUCCAGCUUGGAUAUUUUUCAUGGAUGUGCCUGUGAUUGGGAAAAGUGGGAGGAGCUUCAGCUACAACCAAGAUGUUGUCAUACUUCUCUUAAUAGAUGGAGUCUUAUUUCACCUACAAAGUGUUACAGCCUAUGCCUUGAUGGGAAAAAUUUCUCCUGUGACUUUCAGUGUUGCUAGUACUGUGAAGCAUGCGCUGUCAAUCUGGCUAAGUAUUAUUGUGUUUGGUAACAAAAUCACAAGCCUCUCGGCCAUUGGGACUGUCCUAGUGACAAUUGGAGUUCUUCUAUAUAACAAGGCAAAGCAGCAUCAGCAAGAGACUAUACACAGCCUGGCAGCUGCAGCCCCGCAAUCCGCACAAAGUACAACUGAAGAUACUGAGCCACUAAUUUCCAAGGAUUUGGAACCGUAUGAUUAAUAUGGCCACUUAUUUUUUCCACCUAGUGUAACUCAAAGGAAUCUUCCUGAAAGUGGUUAUUUCUUCAACAGUUGAUGCUGAUUUGGUUCCUUUGAGUUCACGGCAGGUCAAGCCUGGGACUUAAAGCGGAAAGAAAAUGAUGGGAAGAAUCCAGUAAGCCUUGACUUACUCAGGAACUGAUAUACCAGAGGACCUAGUAUCAUAUAAUGUGGUAAACAUGGGCUUUAUUGUCUUUCCUUGACUGCAAAUAACAUACAAGUCUAUAUUAGAGAAAGAACUUCAGUGUCUUAUGCGGAAAAUUAUUCCUUUCUCCCUACCCAUCAAAAUAAUGUGAAAAUGUGGACCCAUGACUGCAUUCUGCUUGCUUGCAGUGGAAUGAAAUUGGCGCACAACUGAAAUUCCUAGUUGUUUGUUACUGUACGCUGCCUGCAUCCUCCAUUGUUUGUGUGCGUUGUAGAGCUGGAAGAAGGAACUCUCUCCUCUCCCAACAAGUGACUUAUUUUGGUAUAUGUUUAGUUGAAGUAAACUAUGGAAAUGAGUCCGUGCCCCAAAGCAGUGAGGAGCAGCUAUUUCUGACUACAAAGCUAGGAAUUGAAAAGUGAUUUUUCUACUAAAAUUUAACAUGGAAAUACUGCAUCCUGGUUGCCUAUCGACAAUAUUGAAAUGCAAAUAUACACACAUAUACAUACACUGUAUAAAUUGAGUGUUGAAUUAAAUAUUUGCAGUUACUUAGAGGUAAAAAACACUGAAAAACUGGUGAUAAAGGAAGCAGGAUCUCUGUAUUUCUACAAGAACCCCUUCUAAUAUUUUAAUUUCUUGCAUUUUAUUAUAUAUUUCUGUUAUGAGGAAAUAAAUUGAUUUUUUUGGGGGGUAUUAUUUCUAAGAGUGCAACAAAAUACUGCCUUUUAGAAACUCAGGGUUAUAAUUCUGACCUAUGUGCAAAGUAUUUCUAUGAUUUCUGAUUAGGUAAAGAAUCUCAGAGGUGUUGUGACAGAUGGAAAAGAGGCCACUGAAGGGAGAAUAUUAACCAUAAACUGAGGAUAAUAUUUAUUUCUGCUGCUUUUAAGAAGUUUUCUUUUUUAAGGAAGUUCUGUUUUGUGGUAGGUCAAAGAUUAAAAGAUAACUUUCAAAAAUUAAAAAAAAAAAAUUCUUAAGUAUUGGUAAUUAGCUUUAGCAAAAAGGCACAUGUAGCUACAAAAACAUUCAAAUGGACUUCCUGGUAACAAAUUUAAAAAAUUUGAUUUUUUUUAAUAAUUGACACUGUUCUGAAAGAUUGUAGCAUGGCAUUAGAAGAAUAGAUAAAGUGGUCUUUAUGGUAAAAAUAAUUUUUAAUGGGAAGUUACCUGUGGAUUUCCUGCAAAAUUUAAGCUCCUGCUUGCAUUUCCACUUGUGAGGUGUUCCGUUAGCUUUAAUGAACUAUUCCCGCAGAGAGCAAAAGUGUGUUCCCAAGACAGUCUCUCUGAAGAAGCCCGUUUUCCCUUUAAACACUGUAUGCUGGUUUUGUCUUAUGCUUCAUUCAGGUUAUAUUCCUAUACAUGACUGGUUGCUUGGGGCAUAUUCUGUGAAGAUUUGAGCUGGAGGGAAAUGUCAGGUUUUUUCAUCAUUGUAUAUGUGAUGUCUGUGGUUUUUUGUAUCUUUGUACUCCUGUCACUUUUACAAAAAGCUGUGGACUAUGGGGUGGAGCUCUGUUUUUCUCUCUUUUUUUUUUUUUUUUUGUAGUUACACUUUUAAAAAUCUCAAGUGUAUUUGGCAGAAAACAAAGUCUGGCUUGCGUCAUAUUUCUAGUCUUGUUGGAAGACAGAAACGUAAGUGGCUUUCUGGUUGUCUGGCUCCAUUCUCAUGUAAGCCCCUUCGUCAACUUCAUUUUACAAGUUAGCAGGCUUUGCCUUUCCUAUUGCUGGAAAACUGUUUGUGACCCAAACAGCCGUGAGGAUUUUGGAACUUGUUCUAACACGUGUCUAAGCUUAUUAGUGGCUGGUUUAUGCCCCCCCCC